UCCGUUUCUUCACAUAUCAAACCAUCAGAACUCACAGUGUAUCUCGCUAUUGACAUCGCACGAGUCUUAUCAUCAAAUAGUCUCCUUUCGAGAUCCGCAUUAAAGGUUCAACAGCAGCUAGCUCAGGGACCCUUGACAUGGCUAAGCUGAAGAGCUGCCACCAUGCCAGAAGAAGACAGCCUCAACUCAGGAAAGACGCGGCAGACUGCGAAUGUCUCGAGACCAGGAAUUACAAUCCGAGACAUAUCUUGAGACUAUCGAUCCUCACAUAGUGAUAACCAAUCAGAGGCGCACUAUCAAAAGUUCAGUUGCCAGGACAAACUUUCAGUCAGCCACAACUCUACUGGGAUAUUGUCGAGAUCUCUCUCAUUUGACUAGCGCCAGCCGGCCCGUGUCAUUGCUUCGAGUAUCCGUACACUGUACAGUUCUCCGAAAAGUGAGACUUCUUAUCACGAAUAUGGCAAGGGUGUGAAUCUUGGGCCGUGGGGGCUUGGGAAUCACUACCUAUCGUACCUUCUUGCAUGAAGAUUCACUGCGAACUCGGCUGUUGAGUUGAAUGGAAUUGUAUUCGCAGUGCUCGUAUUGGCCAAGCCAUGGACGAACUCAAUGCUUCUCCAUAUGGAAGCUGGAAAAUAGAGUCAUUUUAACCUUGUUUUUAACUUCUGCCAAAUGAACAUGAUGGAAACUCCGCUAUAAACCAUGGCAUUAUCCUUGGUUAACAAGAGAAACGACGUCAACACGUGCCAUCAAGAGCAAGUUGUGCUUGAAUAUUCCAUGUCUUGGCGACAAGGAUUAAACGCUCGACAUUGACCAUCCGGGUUCUCACUAGAGACCCAAAAUGGCAAUUUACCGAUUCAUAGUGGACACAGAUGCCUCGAGGCCAUCAAGGUCCUCAAGGUCCUUUCAGCCAAUCCACUAUUUUUUGUAUCAUGGCUGCGAUUAUUGGCUUCUCGAUGGCAGCUGGAGGAGACGACUUUCUCUGAGUAAGAGGCUGAGACAUUAACUUUUGCUCUCCCUCUUUAUUCUGUGCGUUUUUAUUAAGGGUUUACAUAUUAACUUUCUUUACUGCUACCCAGUAUCUAGAAGUCUUCCUCCUCACACAACCCUUUUGGACAGUUUCAAGGUCCACCUCCUAACUCGAAACUCUUCCCGGAUCAUUGGCUUCCAAAGACGCAAGCUAGCGAUUUAAGCAUAAAUUUCGACGCAGUCUCUCGGCUCUCCUGUGCCGUAGUCAGCGCUCUACAGUCGAUCUCGUGCCGUUACCCGUCCGCCUCUCGCCGACUGGUCGAUCUGAAGAUGCACACUUCCGCUUUGUCACUCGCUAGAUGGGGCUUUGUCUUCUCUGCGGCUUCUGCUGCUGCCAGCAAUGCCCAUAUCGCCCCUAGAGCUACCCAGGCUCCCUCGACCACAGCAGCCAAGCCUGAGGUAACUGCUAUUACAGGAUGCCACCUUCAUGCCUCUGAACUAUAUUGUUUCGCUGGUGAGACCGAGUACUUGGUAGAUGUCAAGGUCACUGCAACCACAGAUGUACCUUCGCAGUACACCGACUGCCAUUCCCAUGGCUCUGAUAUGUUCUGUGUAGACUCUGACGGUGGAGAUGUUUCUGUUCAAGCUGAAGGUGCUGAGUCAGAAGAGGACCACGCAAAGGAAGGUGAAGAUCAUGACCACGACCACGAUCAUGAGAAAGCAAGUAGUACCGGAACUGCAGCCGCAGCUGAAAACACCGAAGAAGCUGAGAAUGAGCAUUGCCAUUUCCAUGCUGGUGUUGAACACUGCACAGGCGGUAGCGGCCAUGGCCACAGCGAUUCUGAAUCCAGCGAGUCGGAGUCUGGCUCUUCCUCCUCGGCAUGCCAGCCUCGAAGGAGAGACUAUGACGUUGGUCUCCGUGUUGGUCUGCUCUUCGUUAUCCUAGCCACAGGUGCUCUGGGUGUCUUUGGCCCCAUCCUGCUGCACAAGAUGAUGCCCAGCAAACUCAACAUUGUCCUCAUUGUAUUAAAGCAAUUUGGUACUGGUAUUAUAAUCUCUACCGCCUUUGUCCACCUAUACACCCAUGCAUUCCUCAUGUUCGGCAACCAGUGUAUUGGAGAGUUGGGCUAUGAAGCUACGACAUCCGCUCUUGUCAUGGCUGGCAUCUUCCUUUCUUUCCUUGUUGAGUACAUCGGCAACCGCAUUGUCCUCGCAAAGACAAAGGCUUCAGCCAAUCUCUCUAAUGCCGAAAAGAAGAGCGCCUGGUUGUCCACUGAGGUUGUCAGUGUUCUUGUCAUGGAGAUGGGUAUCCUCUUCCACUCUCUUCUUAUCGGCUUAACGCUCGUUGUAGCGGGUGACGAAUACUUCCUAACCUUAUUCGUCGUCAUUCUUUUCCAUCAGAUGUUUGAAGGUAUCGCUCUUGGAAGCCGAAUCGCCACCAUCGGUACUUCUAACGAUAGUCAUGCCCCACCCGUGCCUCGUGUCUCCCAGGACACUUCCUCCGCUCAAGAUUCAGAUAAGGCUCCUGCUUCCACUGAGACCAUCCCUAACGAGGAAUCGGCCCCUGCUGGUUUGACCAUGAAGAAGAAGCUCGGCCUUGCCUCUCUUUUCGCCUUCAUUACUCCCAUCGGCAUGGCCAUUGGCAUCGGUGUCUUGCAACAAUUCAACGGUAACGACAAGUCUACUCUCAUCGCCAUCGGUACCCUCGACGCCGUCUCCGCAGGUAUCCUCAUGUGGGUUGGACUUGUAGAGAUGUGGGCUGCAGACUGGAUGUCAGGGGGCCAUGGCCACAAGGCUGAGCUCGCUGACGCCAAUCUGCUCACUACCAUUCUUGCCGGCACUGGUCUGGUUGCCGGCCUGGUGGUGAUGAGUCUUUUGGGUAAGUGGGCAUAGACUUAGGGUUAUUGGGAAUGCUUUCUAAAUUUCGUUUUCACGAUAAUACGAUUGGCUAAGGAGUUUGGUACCUGUAUUUACGGAGUUCGUGUCAGGAGCAUAUGCAGUUGGGUUUGCACUGUUAACAAAACUGGGGGCAAUAACUGCUUGGAUAUAUACUACAAAUGGCGUUGCUAGGAUAGAACAAAUCGAGAUGAGGUAAAUGAUGAUGUAUCACAUCACUGCGUGUGCCCAUGUUUGUGACCGAUGCAUUCAUGGGACGAUUUAUAUUAGCCCAAGCCAAGUGUCAAAUCCUCCCAGGGCAAGCCUUCCGUUACCGAUUAACCUUUUAGGAGCCCCUUUCCAAGGCUCGGCGUCUGGUACUUGGGUGCUCU